UGACCAUUGAGGGGAGACAAAAUUUGAUAUUAUGGAAUUUGUCAGACACGGAUAAGGAGCAAAUACAGUAACGAGCUAAAACCUUAAGUAACGAGACUUUCAACUCGUUUAGCUGAUUUCGUUUGAAGGUAGUCAGGUUUUCUAAAACACAAUAACCUAUUUUUUAUGUCUGUUCCUGCUGCGUAAGGCUGCUCCUCAUACCAGCUCUUUGUGUCGACAUGGUUUGUUUUUGUUGAGGCGAGAGAGAGAGAGAGAGAGAGAGAAAGACAGAGGGAUAGAGAGGCUCUCUCGGCUUUGAGGCUUUCGACGCGCCUGUCAGAAAGUGCCCAAGAGCGUCCAUUUAAGUGCUAAAGUCGUGUCAGGGUGAUAGAAAGUAGAUAUUCGAGCUGAACAGUGUGGUGUUGGAGGAGUUGGAGAGAGAGGAAGGACAUGGGCAAUUGUUUAAAGUCACCUACUUCGGAUGACAUCUCUUUGCUCCACGAGUCGCAGUCAGACAGAGCCAGCUUCGGCGACGGCACUGAUCCGGACCUGGAGCCGCCACCUCCUUACCAGGAGCAGAACCAUGUCCCUGUUUAUCACCCCACCCCGAGUCAAACCCGGUUGGCGACGCAGCUGACCGAGGAAGAGCAAGUGCGCAUCGCGCAGAGGAUCGGCCUCAUUCAGCACCUGCCCAAGGGAGUUUUUGACCCUGGCAGUGAUGGCACUGAGAAAAAGAUACGAGAGUGUGUAAUCUGCAUGCUGGACUUCGUGUAUGGGGAUCCGAUCCGGUUCCUGCCUUGCAUGCACAUCUACCACAUGGAUUGCAUUGAUGACUGGCUGAUGCGCUCCUUCACCUGCCCCUCAUGUAUGGAGCCUGUGGAUGCUGCACUUCUCUCCUCCUAUGAAACCAACUGAACUUAAUCACUUGCACACACACGCGCACAUACACGCACACACCCACACACAUAUACACACACACUGUCUGUUUCUCUCUUUCUCUGUCUUUCUCUCUCUCUCUCUCUCUCUCUCUCACACACACACACACACACACACACACACACACACACACACACACACACACACACACACACACACACACACACAAUAAUUAUCCCACCUUAGGCAGGGGACAGAUGAGAGCUAUUUCUCAUCACACUAUGGGGACAGUAAAGGACCGCUCUCCUGGGUUGUCCUGCUGGACAGGGAAACCUGAAGGAGCCAAACAAAUGAGACUCUUCAACAACAUUCUGACAACCCGGACCAUUCUGCUGUGCCACCUCUUACACUGGAAAGCAGAAAACUUUUUUUUUUCAAACGGAAAGAGAUAGAAGGGGAAAAUGCAAAUUGUGCUUUGUGUUAUCCCACCCCCCCCCUUCCCUAUGUGUAAUGCACUGGGGUGUGACUCUCUCUCUCUCUCUCUUUCUUAUUUUUUUUUCUCUCCUUUUUCCAGUAAGGGCUUGUCAGAAUUUCAGAGUUAAAAAAAAAAUGAAACAUGCUUGCACCUAAAUUACAUAUGAUGAAAUUUGCACUUCUCAGACACCUUUCCCAACAGCGCGCCUUGUUCUACAUGUAGGGGCGUGUACAACUCACUGAACUCAUUCCAUUCAGCUCCCAGCCUCUAGGUUUCCUGUUAAGCGUACUAAAGAUAUCCAAUUGCUGCAGGAUAUGCUUUGGUGGAAGAUGGGAAAUAGAAUGAUUAGGCUGAAAAAAAUCCUUUUCAUCUUUUAGAGGAUAUCAUACAGUGGAGUCUAAUUAUCUUGACUGUGACUCUUUGGGUUUUGGCAAAUGUUUUUGAAGUGAAAUGUAUUAUGAGUUUAAUGUGCAGAUUGUCAUCUAUAAUUUGAGCGGGGUAUAUAUUAUAUGUCCCUUCCAUACUGGGUCACCCUAGUUGGAAUUAUAACCCUUUUUUAUAGCUAGUAGUUUUAGGGGGAAAGGUUACAACCUAAAAAAAAUCAUGCAAUUAGUUUAUUUUAUGGUUUGUAUCGUAGGUGUUUCAGGGCUGCACCUACUAGGUCUACCAUUUAACAUGUUUUAAAUACAGUUCCAAACAAUGGCUAUUUAAACAACGUAAUUAGUUUUUUGGUUGUUUGGAAGGUUUCAUAAUUUUACCAGUACACUACAAGUUUGCUCUUGUGGUUCAAAAUAUGUCCAGUAAGUGGAAACAAUGCCUUCAGAUCGGCAUGCCAGUGAAAGAAAGUAGGGAUAGAGUGGGGAUUGAUUAAAUAGGUGGGAAUUAGUAUAUUAGCUGAGUAUAUUCAUACAUGCUUCUCAUUUCUUAAUUCCUUUUCUUGCUUCUUAGCUCCUCAUUAUGAGAAACUAAGAAAAAAAUGUAAAGAAAGGUAACCUGGAUAGGAGAAAUGUGGAACAAGAUUAUGUGCCUAAUCAGUAAUUACUUAUUUAAAAACUUAAUUGUAAGUUUGCUAACUAAAAUAUAGAGAAUCUAUUAAUGGCAUGCAGCACAGUAAUAUUUGGCUAAGGACCACAUGGAUCAUGUUCCGAAAUUCAAUUUUGAAUUGGUCACUUAAAUAUUGAUAUUUUGGCCUCAACAUGCAGUAUGAUUCCCAUUAUAUGAAUAUGUAAAUGAAUGCUCUAUCCUUUAUCCCUCCUGAGCAAUGUGAUAAAAUAGUAAUGUGCUUUCUGUUGGUUUGUAUUGUAAAUCAAAGCCCCUGCCUUUUAUCAACAUCCAGUGCUGCCACCUUCACAUGAAAAAUAGCUACAAAAAAAAUAUUGAAAAAUGCCUCUACAUUCUAAAAGCAGGCUCCGAUUUGUUACUGUGUGAUACUGGAACCAUUAUGUUUGCCUGCAGUAUGACUGGAAACCCUGUAAAAUUCUAAACAUUUCCUGUCCCUCUGGUAGGCCAAAGAGUUUAUUAAGGCAAGCUGCUAUUUGCCAACAAUUAUAAUUCGGUCUUGGGGACAAAUUAGAUCCUACAGAGGAGUCUACAGAAAUCUAACCAAACGCCAUAAAAUUUAGCUUGCCAUGGGAUGACAACCUGAAAUAUGGCACUAAAGCAGCGUUCAAGCAUCUCAGAGUCAAUUGGUGGAGUGUUCUUGACUGAUCAAAUUAACCAUUCUGUCUGAAUCUCACUGAGCAUCUUAUUAACAAAAAUGAAGGUAAAAGCAUGUUAAAGCUGCAAAUGACUGCGAUAAAGUUUUAUAGAAACUUUGGAAGAAAGAUAACUAGCAUAUUAGUGCUCACUAUGAAUCGCUCACUUCAAUUAUCUUUAAUAGUCGUUAGUAGCUUUGGUCACAUGACAGACCAAACAACUUGAUAUAAUAGGGCUGUAAUAAUCAAGUAUGCUUGAUUCAAUAACGCUGUCUCUGUUCAGUUACUUCCAAGCUGCAUGUCAGGAGCUCUUUGUUAUUUUCUUGCAGUACAGUAAGGCUCGCCAUGUUUUUUUCUUUUGACUAUAUGAGUUGGUUUUAAUCAUGAUACAAUUUGUCUGUUAUCAGAACCAAAUUAUUUAUUUAAAUGUAAGACCAGUGAUGUAGUUAAGUUGUGGGGAUGGGCUGUAGCCCUGUUUUUUUUUGCUAUGAGCAUUAAUAAUCAUUUAAGAAUGAGUUAUAAUUGCUAGGAAUAAUUUUAAAACUGUUGUAUGAAGUUUUUUGUUUGUUAGUCAGUGAUUACUAGGUGCAAUAAUACACUCUGGUGUGCAUUAAAUACAAAAAUAAAUAAAUAACUGUUGGGCCCUUUAUUUAGUGUAAUGCAAACCUUGUAAUUCCUAACUGCUUAAAUCUAUACAAUACAGAAUCUAUACAGAAACCAUGGUGGUAUUAUCACAUGAUAAACUUUGUCACUUUUAUUUGCAGAGUGUCUGUUGUGUUGGUUUUUUUUGUGUGUGCAUCUGACUUCAUGUUAAAUCAUAUAUAUUUUGAAUUUUGUUCUUAUUGUACAUAUAGAUUGUGUUAUGACAGUAAUGUUUAUUUUAAUCGAAUAUUUAACAUUAGAAGGCCAUCAUGAAUUACAUCAAUCGUAUUACUUUUAGAAAAAAACUGUAACUGGGCUUAAAGUGAGUUUGCUAUGUUUCCAUGGCUCUGGCUCAUACAGCAGCAGAAAGCAGUACUUCCUUUGGACUGUGUCUCCAUUUUGACCUCUACUUGUUUAAAGAAAAAAGGAAAAGAAAAAAGAAUAAUAAAGAGGUACAAAUGUUAAAUGAAACCUGAGUGAUAUGGACAUGCAGUGAUGUGAAGAAAAUAAUUUACUCUUUAUCUAAAAUGUCGCUUGAUGUUUAUGUUUGUUCAGGUGAUAACCCUUUCCCUCUCCUCUUCUAUAUUUGAUGCUGAAGCACAAAAAAAAUCCCACAUUUUGUUCUAUUUUUCUAACCUCGCUGAUGUUCGUUCUAUAAAAGAUGGUUAUUGUCAUGCAUAAAGGAAGUGGAACUUGAUUUGAUGUGCUGUUUCUCUGCUCUCGAGAUAGGGGGGUUCUUUGUCUUCUUACCAAAUGCCAUCCCUUAAAUUUCCCCAAACAUUUAAACAAAACUGAAACACAGAUGUGGCUGCUAUUAAAGUUCCAUUUUUUUUU